UACAGAAUAAAACUUUGUUAUUGUAAUAAGAAUAGUAAGAAUUACAAAAUUUUUAAAACAGUAGCUGAAAUUUGUCUAUUUUCUUUAUAUUAUAAGUAUUUUUAUAAAUUAAGAGGAAUUUAUUAAUUUCUGUGGAAUUCAGUUAAUUUUAGAUUUUUUUGCAAUGUAUUUUUAAUAGUUUUGAGUGGUAUUAGCUGAGAUGCAAGCUAAAAAACGAUAUAUUCUACUUAUUUUAUCGUGUUCAUUUUUAUUAUAUUGUUACUUUUCCGGACAUCCAUUAAAAUCAGAAUUAAUUCAGAAUAGUCGCCGGGACCAAUUACCGUCAUUUGCUUCAAAUAAAGAAUUAUCAGAAGCACCUUCUCAUCUUCAAAGGCAACCCGAUUCUAUUGCCAAACCAUGUCGUAUGGAAACUUGUUUCGAUUUUUCCAAAUGUGAAGGAAGUGAUCCAAAAAUAUAUGUGUACCCGACAGAAGGGCCGAUAAGCACAUCAUAUCGUAAGGUAUUGUCAGUAUUACGAGAAUCACGAUAUGCUACAAAAGACCCAACCAAAGCCUGCUUAUUUCUGCCAGCAGUAGAUACAUUGGAUGCAGACCCUUUAUCACCAGAACAUGUUUCUGAUGUAGAAUCACGAUUGUUACAUUUACCAUAUUGGAAGAAUGGCCGAAACCAUCUUAUUUUUAAUUUAUAUGCUGGUACGUGGCCUGAUUAUGCAGAAGGGGCUCUAGGUUUUGAUCCUGGGGAAGCUAUUAUGGCUCGAGCAAGUGCAUCUGAAACAAUUUUUCGUGAUGGAUUUGAUAUAUCACUGCCAUUAUUUCACAAAGAGCAUCCAGAACGUGGUGGAGUACCUCCUGCUGCUACAGCUAAUCCAUUCCCAGCACCACGACAACACCUGUUGGCUUUUAAAGGAAAACGUUAUGUUCAUGGUAUAGGCAGUGAAACAAGAAAUUCCCUGUGGCAUUUACAUGAUGGCAAUAAUCUUAUUUUAGUCACUACUUGUCGUCAUGGUAAAUCUUGGAAAGACUUGAGAGACGAAAGAUGUGAUGAAGAUAAUCGUGAAUAUGAUAAAUUUGAUUAUGAGCAGUUAUUGGCAAAUUCAACAUUUUGUUUAGUAGCGCGUGGUCGUCGCCUUGGUUCAUAUCGAUUUCUUGAAGCACUAGCAGCAGGUUGUAUCCCUGUUUUGCUAAGUAAUGGGUGGCGGCUUCCAUUUGACGAACGUAUAGAUUGGCGUCGCGCUGUAAUAUGGGCAGAUGAACGUCUGCUGUUACAGGUACCAGAGCUAGUCCGUUCAGUGUCAUCUGAACGUGUACUUGCACUAAGACAACAAACACAGCUAUUAUGGGAGCAGUAUUUUUCUUCCAUCGAAAAAAUUGUGUUUACUACAGUAGAGAUAUUACUGGAGCGUAUUUUGGCACAUAGAUCCUCAAGACAACGUGAAGCUCUAAUUUGGAAUGCUACACCUGGAGCUCUGGCAACCCUAGCCACUUAUGGAGAUUCCCGUGCACAUUACCCCAUUGCAGCUCCAGCUCCACCCGCACCACCCGCGUCCCCCGCGCCGCCCGCUCCUCUCCCCGCGCCCGAAGUACCACUUACCUCUCCCCCGCCUACACCCGGUAAUACAUUUACAGCUCUACUGUAUGUUCAGGCCACAUCACCAGCUUUACACAAAUUACUUGCAAAUAUCGCCAGCAGCGAGUUUUGUGAAAAGGUGGUAUUAGUAUGGGACAGCGAGCGUGCAGCGCCUUCAUUAAAAUCAUUAGCGCGCUUAGCUGGAGAUACACGAGAUGCCUUGCCUGUACUGGUCAUAGAUGCCACCACUCACUACCCUGGUGAGGGAGUGUCUGCUAGAUGGCAACCAUUGUGGGCGGUGUCUACUGCUGCAGUGUUUUCUUUGGACGGUGAUGCGCCACUGCUGGCGGAGGAAUUAGAUUUUGCAUUUCGCGUUUGGCAAUACUUCCCAGAACGCAUUGUUGGCUACCCAGCACGCACGCAUUAUUGGGAUGAAGCCAAGGGCGCGUGGGGUUACAGCAGCAAGUGGGGCGGCGCGUACUCGAUGGUGCUGCCGGGCGCGGCGCUAGUGCACCGCGGCACGCUGGCGUUGUACGCGGCGGCCGCGCCUGCGCUGCGGCUGCACGUGCGGCGCGCGCGGAACUGCGAGGACAUCCUCCUCAACUGCCUCGUGGCACAUCUCACGCGCCGCCCGCCGCUCAAGCUUGCGCAGCGGCGCCGCUACAAGGCCCCGCACCACAAGUACAGGACGUCUUGGAGUGAUCCGGAACAUUUCGUUCAACGACAAUCGUGUCUCAACACGUUCGCCACAGCCUGGGGUUAUAUGCCGCUGAUGAGAUCUGUUCUCCGUCUCGACCCUAUUCUUUUCAAAGAUUCCGUUUCUACACUUAGAAAAAAAUACCGCAAAAUGGAAUUGGUUACUUCUUAAUAUUAAAACUAAUUGAAAAUAGAUGUAAUAAAUUAAUUGAUUAAAUAUGAUUAUGAGGUCAGUUGACGAACUACGAAUAUUUUUGAGAAUUUAAACACUGCGUUUCGAAGAAGAUCGGGCAGCGCAUAACACCAAACAGAAAGUUCACGAAUUAGUUUGAAUCACGAUUCAAAUACCUGUACAAUACAUUCACGGUUUUUUCGUUCGUUCCGAGCUUCAUAAUUUCUGAUGAUAUGGAUAGGUUUUGAGGAUAAGUGAGACUGUCGCUUUAUACAUGUCAUAUUGCAAGAUAGCAUUAAUGAGGUUUUACUGUACAAUUCUAAAUAGUUGGGAGAGUCCCACAUUACUGUACCUAAUGCUCGAUAUGUACAAGCGUAAAUGUAUUUUUCCUGUACCUACUGGUAAUUAAUUAAAUAUAUGUAGGUACAUAUGGUUACUUACAGUUAACAAAGUCAUUGUAUACAAAUAACGACCUUUUUCAGAAAAGAAACUCGAUUGAAGAUGGCCUCUUCUCUUAUGCCCGACUACAGACUACUAGUUUAACUCUAAGAUCGUAAAAGAUCUGUUGAUGUUGAUGGUGCGUAUUUUUACUAGUAAUGAAAUGAUUCACCAUUUUGAAUUCGAUUAGUAGUAAUGGGUAUAUAAUUAACAAAUUAUCUGAUCAUCCCAGAAAGUUGAUGACCUAGGUACAAACCUCUUUUGGAAUUUCAUAAUAACAACAUUUUGCACAUUUUUACUGAAAUUGAAAUUGUGACUAGGUUUACUUUAGAGACGAAUUUCUUAGCGUUACUUGGAUUCACCGUGCGAUACCGGGUCCAUCGUGCGGCAGAGAGAACCCCGGUGUAGGUUUAAGGGACCCC